CAGAAAUUGUGGUCCUUUUCUCAAGUCUUCCUUUGGUAUUCUUCCAUGCUGCUUCAUUUUCUUUUCCUCUAUUUUGUCUUUUUGUGUGCGGAAAUUGGUUUGGAAUUGCAUAUAAACAAAUUUUUUUUUUUUUCUUCUUGACAAUUUAUUAUUUUAUGACUUUUGUUACGAGGAUUCUUGGCAAAGUUGGCUGGCGGUGAAUGAAUAGACCCAAUUUCACAUCACAUUACUUGGCCUCUCCAUGGAAAGCAAAAGAAGUUGUCCGAAAAUGAAAUGCCCGCCUUCAUCUUCAAAAGAAAUCACUCAUUGACCGAAGACUUGGGCUUCCAUUGGACGUUGGACUUGGAGAUAGCUAAGAAGAGAAAACGUGCUCGCCACUACACGGUUUUGCAACUCUCUCUCUCUCUGACUGUUAGCUUUGCUUCUUGUUGCUGGUUUUUUGGCUGAUCUUGAGAGAAGUAUUUAUUGUGAGUUUCUGGUUGGUUUGCUGGUCUUUUGGUUGUUGUCUUACAAACUACAUUUCCAUAUCUGUUUUGUUCAGCAGCAACAGAUUGCCAAAUGGCAUUGACCACCCAAAGAGACUCUGCCUUUCUUCCUUCACCUCAUCAGUCAGCUCCUCAACCGAACCACGAUGUGUUUUUGAGUUUCAGGGGUGAGGACACUCGACUUAGCUUUGUAUCUCAUUUAUACCACGAAUUGCAGCACAAGGGCAUUAAAACAUUCAAGGAUGAUCCAAAGCUUGAAAGAGGGACAGCUAUUUCUUCGGGGCUCUUCAACGCAAUCGAAGAAUCAACGCUUGCAAUCGUUGUCCUCUCGCCAAAUUAUGCGUCUUCUUCCUGGUGCUUGGAUGAGCUUACAAAGAUUCUCCAAUGCAUGAAAUCCAAGAGCACCGUUCUGCCAGUGUUUUAUCAUGUGGAUCCUUCCGACGUACGAAAACAAACCGGUAGUUUUGCGUGCGCGUUUGCCAAGCAUGAGGAAAGGUUUAGGGAAGACAGAGAAAGGGUGAAGAGCUGGAGAACUGCUUUAACUGAAGUGGCCAAUUUAUCUGGGUUUGAUUCAAAGAAUGAGUGUGAAAGAAAGCUCAUUGAAAAGAUUGUUGAAUGGGUGUGGGAGAAAGCGCAUAACAGAUUCAAAUUGGUAGAUUCCACAGAGUUAGUGGGAAUGAAUGUUCGCUUUAUACGAAAGCACAUAGAUCAGCUAUUAGCUCAUCCUAAGGAUGAUGUUCGCUUUAUAGGGAUAUGGGGGAUGGGCGGAAUUGGCAAAACAACCAUUGCUCAGCUAGUUUAUGAUAGCAUUUCUACCCAUUUUGAAGUUAGCAGCUUUCUUGCUAAUGUUAGAGAGGUUUCUCAACGUGGUAAUCUUGUUGAUCUACAAAGACAACUUCUUUCCCCAAUCUUAAAGGAUCAAAUUACUCAAGUUUGGGAUGAACAGCGGGGAACCUCUGUCAUUAAGAAUUGCUUAUCUAAUAAAAUGGUUCUUCUCAUUCUUGAUGAUGUGAGUGAAUCAACCCAACUUGAAAAGUUGGCUGGUGAAAAGGAUUGGUUUGGUAAGGGGAGUUUAAUCAUUAUUACAACUAGAGAUAAACGGUUGCUAGUUAAUCAUGAUAUAUCAUGUAAGGUAGAGGGGUUAGGUGAUGAUGAUGCUCUUGAGCUCUUUAGUCGGAAUGCCUUUAAAAAAAAUGAGCCGGAGGAAGGUUAUUUGGAAUUGUCAAAGGGUUUUGUAAAUUAUGCCAAAGGGCUUCCACUAGCUCUUAAACUUUUGGGAUGCUUAUUGUAUCAGAGAGAUCCAGAUGAAUGGAAAAGUGAAUUGGAUAAGCUGCGGAAAAUUUCCAAGUCAGAAAUUAUUGAUUUGCUUAAAAUAAGUUACGAUGGACUGGAUGAGAUGAACAAGGAUAUAUUUCUUGAUGUUGCAUUUUUUCAUAAGGGGAAGUUCAAGGAGCAUGUAAUUGAAAUACUAGACAUUUGUGGCCAAUGCGGUCGUAUUGGGAUAGAUGCUCUCGUUCAGAAAUCCCUCUUAACUAUUGAUAUUUCAAACAACAAUGUUGAGAUGCAUGAUUUGAUACAAGAAAUGGCAUUGGAAAUUGUUCGUCGGGAGUGUUUUGAAGAGCCUGGUAGACGAAGUCGAUUGUGCAAUCGUGAAGAUAUCUCUCAUGUAUUCAUAAACAAUACGGCAACAAACAAAAUUAAAGGCAUUGCCUUACGCAUGGCGAGACUUGAAAUGGCAGAUUGGAAUUGUGAAGCCUUCUCUAAGAUGUGUAACCUGAAAGUUCUUGAAUUUGACAAUGUGAUCAUUUCUUCAAGCCCCAAAAUUCUUCCUAAUUCCUUGAGAAUUAUCAAAUGGAGUCAGUAUCCUUCCAAAUUUCUCCCAUCAAGUUUUCAACUGAAUUUCCUUGUUGCGCUUGUGAUGCGUGAGAGCAAACUUCUUCGGCUUUGGGAUGGACGAAAGGACUUGCCCAACUUGAAAACGAUGGACCUUAGUUACUCUAAAAACUUGACCACAACCCCAAAUUUCUCUGGUGUUCAGAAUCUUGAGGAGUUGGAUUUUGGAAGUUGUAAGAAUUUGGUUGAGAUUCACCCGUCAAUUGCAAAUCUCAAAUGUCUUAAACGCUUGGAUCUUGGUUUUUGCUUAAAAUUGAAAAAGAUUCCAGAAUUUUCAGGGCAAAUGAAAAAUUUAUCAUGGCUUUGUUUAAGUAGGACUUCCAUUUUGAAAUUAUCUGCAUCAAUAGGAUGUCUGGUUGGCCUUACUAGUCUGCGUCUAUUGAAUUGCAAAAAUCUUGCGGGUCUUCCUAGUGAAAUUUGUAAUUUGAAGUCUCUUGAAUUGCUUUGGAUGCGUGGAUGCUCAAAAAUGGACAAACUCCCAGAGAACGUGGGGGAGAUGGAGUCUCUUAUAAAGCUUCAAUUGUGUGAAACUUCUAUAAGACAGCUGCCACACUCCAUUGUUGGUUUGAAAAAACUAAGGGAUCUAACUUUGGGUGGAAAAAGUGGAUCACAGCCUUCAAGGUUUUGGUGGGGCCUCCCCCGCUUAAAUGGAAGAAAGGCCUUUGUGUUGGCUUCGCUAGAUGGUUUAUUUUCUUUGAGGGAAUUGGAUCUGAGUAAUUGUGAUGUUUGUGAAGGGGAUCUUCCCAACGAUAUUGGCUACUUGCCCGCUUUAGAAGAAUUAAAGCUUAGUGGAAACAAUUUUGUUAGCCUUCCUGCAAGCAUUGGAUGUCUUUCUAAGCUUAAGUUAUUUUGGAUGAAUGGGUGCCAAAGUCUUGAACAAUUGCCAGAUCUUUCUAAGCUGAUCUCAUUGGUGGAUAUAAACAUAGCCAAUUGCACUUCCUUAAAAAUGUUACCACAUCUUUCGUCAAAUUGGUCAUUAGUGGAUAACAAAAGAGGUUAUCUUCAGUUUAAUUGUGCCAAUUGCUUUGUAUUGGUUGACAAUGAAGGCUGCGAUAGUAUAAUACUGAAAAUGCUACAGCGAUACCUUUAGGUAAUCCCUACGCCUUUUGACUACCAAUUCGAAAUUGUAACUCCUCGAAGGAAAAUUCCAGAGUGGUUUAGUAAUCAAAGUUUGGGAGAUUCCCUAAUUGUGGAGCUACCUCUGGAUUCAUGUACCACGUGGAUGGGAAUUGCUUUAUGUGCUGUGGUUGAAUUUCAGGCUGAUCUUUCUGAUUUUAGUUUGUUUCGUAUUAGCUGUUUCGCAGAAGGAACAGGCAAUGUUGUGUCAUAUGAAGUACUUCCAAAACUUUUUAAAACAGGCGAUGUUGUGUCAGAUCACCUUUGGGUAAUUUAUUUACCUUGUAAACCACUUCAGAAGAUAUGCAGUCAGAUAAAGGUUUUCUUCGAAACUGAAUAUUUUUGUCAAGACAAAAACCGGUACGUAUACGACAAAAAUGUGAAGAAGUGUGGGUUUCGUUUGGUGCACAAGCAAGAUGUGGAACAACUCAACCAGAUCAUGAUGAACAAAUCCAUCAUCAAGAGCACUACUACUUGUCCUACCAAAUCAGCUGAUGCACAAGGUCAACAACGCCACAAUGACAAGGACGCUGGUCCUAGUGGAAGUGGUAGCUCUCACCAAAAAUCUCUCUUCUGCAAUACCUAUGCUCUUUCCGAAGAGGCAGACCAAGAUGAAUUAAAAUGAGGUUGUUGAUGAAGCUCGGCCCAGAAAAAGAAAAAAGAUCGAUGUGAUUGGGGCUAACCUAUGAUUCCUCACUUUCAAAGCAAGAGGCAUCACAGCUGCUGUAUUUCAAUGUGAGUUGCUUCUUUCGCUGAUUCUAGUUUUCAUUUUUUUGGGAUUUGAUGUAUUUCAAUGAUGUUGUUUCUCGCUUGCUUGUGCUUCAUUCUUUUGGCCGUAUAUUGCCCUAAGUUUUGUUUUUCACCUAUUGCUCCUUCA